AUGAAACGAGGUUUAUUUAAUAUUUGGCAGGUUCUGAUCAUUGUGGGACAUAUCCCCAAUUCCAUGGAAUUUAAAUACGAAUUUAUAAUGGAAGAUGAGCGUAUAUUCAGUGAUUGCAACGACAAGCCACCGGGAGUACUCGAUAUCACUGAUUUAUUUGACUUCACCAAUACCACUUUCCGGAUGACUGAAAGUGGGGUGACGCUUUCGGGAUGCAAGACUGUUAUUUGGGGUAUCGAGCCAUCUGAUCGAGUUGAGAUUGCUUUAAGCGGGCUUUACUUCGAUCGCGGCACCUGGCAACCAACCACUCUUAAUGUGCUGAUCAGAGACUUUUGCACGGUAAUGUUCGACCCGAAGCAGGCGUGGUACGACUCUUACAGUAAGCACAUUAAAAAUGCAGCAGAAGUCAACCACACUUGUUUCAGAGUAAAAGGAUCUCAAAUAAUAUUCGAAACAUAUACAAUACAACCGGUAUUCGCCAGUGGAAUGACUAUAAAAAGUGGUCGCUAUGCCAUGCGAUUUAUGCACUCAGCAUAUGAUGAAAAUGAGGUAGUGCGCCAAAACAAAAUUUGUUACGAGAUCAAGGGCGAGAUACAAAAAUCAAGUCAAUCUAAAUAA